AGACUGGAGGGGAAGUGCAGGUUGCUAGUGAGGGGUGGGGAUGGUUGUGGGAUUGUAAACUGUGCACGCAGUCGCCUGGGGUUCGCGAGGCAUACGGAGGGAAAGCAGGUCUGGGGCUGGGGGGCGAAUCAAUCUCUCUCUUCCUGCACAGGGAACUUGUCCAGCCCUUUUCCCCGAUCGGGACCCCGGGAACUAACAGCUUUCUCUCCCGCACCUGUUUCCCUCCAGCUCCCUGCGCUCCCUCUCUCUUUUUCGGGGCUUCCCCUCCACUCCGGUGUACUUUCUCUACAGCGCCUGGACCCUCCCGGUGGCAGAAAUCAGUAGCUUGGCAGCUCGGAGGGGAGCCGCCCUCCUCUUGAUAGGAAAGAAGCUCGGCCCCUGCUGCGCCCCUCUACUCCGGGGGCGGAGGAUAAGACACCGCAACACCGGGAGAGUGAACCCGGACUCAACUCUGCGAUUUCCCCCGACUGGCCCCGGGCACUGGACUGGACGGGACUGGACGAACUGGACGGGACCGCGCCCUCCGGGCUAUUCCAGGCUGCCCUGGAGCUUGGCUCCUCCGCAUCCGAUUGCAGCCAAGCCAAGCCCAAGCCUAAGUGGAAAGAAGGACGAGUGGUCUCGAAAUGAAACCUGAGGAUGACACCUCCUUUGGAAAAGACAGUGCACUGGCAGGACACCAGUAGAAUUCUGAGAAAAAAAAAAAGACAACAACUGAAUAAUGUUCUAGACCCAAAGCAAUUGUGCGGAAUGAACAUGGGGCCAACAGGAGCUGAGACCGAAGAGAAUCAGACAACGGAAGAAACAGAGGUUGAAUGGUAUGGGACGGUACAAACUACCCCAAGAAGUCACCUAAACCCUAAAUCGGAAGUUGUUGCUAGCACCAACUUGAUUGAAGUUCAGGUUGUCCUUAUACUGGCCUACUGUACCAUCAUCUUGCUGGGAGUGAUUGGCAAUUCCUUGGUGAUCCAUGUGGUGAUCAAGUUCAAGAGCAUGCGUACCGUCACCAACUUCUUCAUUGCCAAUCUUGCUGUGGCGGACCUUCUAGUGAACACUCUUUGUCUCCCCUUUACUCUUACUUACACCUUGAUGGGAGAGUGGAAAAUGGGCCCUGUCCUAUGUCACCUGGUCCCCUAUGCCCAGGGCUUGGCGGUGCAAGUAUCCACAAUCACCCUGACCGUGAUUGCCCUGGAUCGACACCGGUGUAUCGUUUACCACCUAGAGAGCAAGAUUUCUAAGAGGAUCAGUUUCCUGAUCAUCGGCCUGGCCUGGGGUGUCAGCGCCUUGCUGGCUAGUCCCUUGGCUAUUUUCCGGGAGUAUUCUCUGGUCGAGGUCAUACCCAACUUCAAGAUGGUGGUCUGUACCGAGAAAUGGCCGGGCGAGGGAAAGAGCAUGUACGGCACCAUUUACAGUCUCUCUACCUUGCUGAUCCUGUAUGUCUUGCCAUUGGGUAUCAUAUCGUUUGCCUAUAUACAGAUCUGCAGUAAGCUGAAGAAUCACAUCAGUCCCGGGGUGGCCAAUAACCACUACCAUCAGCGGCGGCACAAAACCACCAAGAUGCUCGUGUGGGUCGUGGUGGUGUUUGCGGUGAGCUGGCUGCCUUUCCACGCCUUCCAGCUCACCCUUGACAUUGACAACCAGAUCAUGAACCUGAAGGAAUACAGGCUCAUUUUCACACUGUUUCACAUCAUUGCCAUGUGUUCUACCUUUGUCAACCCCUUUCUUUAUGGCUGGAUGAAUAACAACUAUAGACAGGCUUUCUUCUCUGCCUUUCACUGUGAGCAGAGGCUGGAUUCCAUUCACUCAGAGGUGUCAGCAACGUUCAAAGCCAGGAAGGACCUUGAGCUAAAGAAGGCCACUUGUGCCAAUGACUCCUUCACUGAGGCUACCAACGUCUAAAGACAUUUUCUGAAAAGUGGGGAAUGGGUUCCAAAUAGAGUCAAUGAAGGGUUUUUAAAUAGGAACAUCCUCCAAGGAAAAAGCCAGCAGUUGAAUUAAAACUUCAGCUGGUGAUUCCUUGGAGAGCUGAUUGCCAUGGGCAAUUGUGCAUAUCACAAAGGGCUUUGUUUUCAGUAGAUUAUGGGCUGAAUUUGAACAUAAACAGAAAGUUACACUUGGUUUCUAUCCAAGAAGGUGGAAGAAAGAUUUUGCAUGUAAAGUCUGAAUGCAAAAUAAGAUUGCAUGUUCAACAUUUCAUCAAGGAAAGAGGAUAAAUCAACUUACUUGGCAGCUCCCAACAUCAUAGGGCUAGGAAUGACUAAAGGAGUCCACAACCUGCACCUCUUCUCACAAAUUACUGCAAACACAUUUUUUUCUCCAAGGAGUAGCAUGAUAUUCUUGGAUGUGUUUUUUUAUUUAUUUCUCAUCUCCCUAAAACUGCUACAAUGAGGACCUUCUCAGAUAGCCGGACGAACAUUAUUGAUUAGAAGACUUUGGGAAAUAAAAUGAAUAUUUCAGUAUUACCAAUCAUUUGAUAUUUGAAGGGAGAAAAUGCCUCAAGACUCAAUUAAAAAAAAUCUCUUGAAACACAAUUCAUAUUUGAUUAGCAUUUCUUAAAAUCAGAAAGUUCAAGAUUAAACUUUAUAACAGAUAUAGGAGUGUAAAUUCCCAAUAAUUUUCUGAUUUAGAGUAAUUUCUGCCUUUUAAAAAUAUUUGUGGUUUGUUUCAUUUAUCCUGAGUUAAGCCUAGGUUCACCAUUUUCAUAUAUACAGUUAAGUUUACAAAUGAAGUUAGAAUAUGAUUAAUUAAUGGUUAGACUAUGAUAAAACUAGACCAUUCAGCUGCCUGUGGUAACCAUCAGCAUUUCUUGUAGCCAGCAGUAAGUUGCUGUAGCUUAAGUAUAAAACACAAUUUACUGACUUCAUCUUAUAUGGUGAUUUUCUUCCAUAGUCCCCCUUCCCUUUAUGGGUUCAUUCAGAAUAAAGAAAAAAAUAAACAAUUACUUCAAAAUGGAAGUCAUUAGAUAAAAAACAGUUGGAUUCUUUCCAUCUCAUAAUCUUCCCUUUGGAUUGAUUUCAUUGUAUUUUUUUCAGGCUUGUUUUCUUUCCUAAAAUGAUGUUUUGAAAUAGGUACAUAAUAUUAUUAUAUGUAUUAUGUGGGACUUCAAUGUAAUCUAAUGAUUUUGUUUUAAAAAAAAUUAUGAAUAUAGCAUUCAUAUUUGAAAAGAUAUUCAUCACUCUGUUUCUUUCCCAAGAAGGACUGACAAAUCUUUGAAUUUCAAGAUAGAUUUGUGAGUAUGAUUCUGGUCAAUGUGAGUCUUUGAUAUUUGUCAUCAGCCAAAAGAAUAUCUUGAAGUUUUACAAUUCCAAAGGGGCUGAGGAUUGGAAAUAUGCUUUCCGAUAAGGAAUCUCUAGCUAUAUGAUAUGCUUCAGGCAGAGGUAAUUGUUAAAGAGUCUUUUGAACACUGUUAGAAAGAAGUUUCAUUACCAUCAUAUUGUGUGUGGUGAAUUGUAAGUGCCAUCUAUGAAUAGGUGCCACAUUAGGAAAAACAUAUGAAUAUUGUGAAUGUUUUGUUUCAUUACAAAUGUGAUCAUUAUGAAUUGAAAAACUCUAUUUUGUUGGAUGGAUUCAAUUAGAAUAACUGGAUUCAGAUCCCCAAUUAUGUUUUUCUAUCUGGACAAGUCAUUUAAUUUUUCAGAGAUUUCAGAAGUAAAAAUGAGAGUAUAGGACUAAAUGAACUCUAAAGUUCCUUCCAGAUAUGAAUCCUAUGACUUGUAGUCCAUUAUUAAGUAUUGGGGUGGGAAUGACAUCAGAAAUUAAACACUACUUCUAAGAAAGACCAAAAUUCUUUGAAGUAAUGGAAUAAGUAAAGUACAACAAGAAGUGAGAUUAAAAAGUAGAUGAAAUGAUAUAUGAGCAAGAAAUAAUGUAUAUUGCUACAAUAUUAUAUAAUUGAAUAAUUUAUUCAUGUGUUGUAUUGAAUUUUUCUUUCCACAUCAAUUUUGUCUCUGAAAUAAUGUGUCCAUUUUGUUAGGAUGUUACUUAAGUUAAUUGUAGAUUAAAUAUAAUGUAUAAAUAAUUCUUCCCUAGGAGAACAAUUCCUAAAGGAGACACUCAUGUCUAUAACACCUAUAAUGUGAGAGUAAAAUAGUCUGUGUAUAUCAUUUUUAUCCAAUUAAUUGGGUUCUUUUGACCCCCAAAAAUUGUUGAAUUGAAAAAUGUAUUAAUAAAAAGAUUCUUUUUGUGCAA